AUGUUGGUACUAAAACACAAUAAACUUUCUUCGGACCAUCUCAUAACCAUUGAAUCGACGAUGCUUAAAUUCAUCGAUGGUAAAUUAUCAAAUACCGGAAUGGACUUUAAAGUGUGGGACUGGUCAAUACCAGAAUUAUAUGGCAUCUUGGUAGGAAUGUUUGUAAAACUAAAUUUACGAGGAACCCUCAAUAUCACAACCUCAGAAAUACUUGACUUUAUAAUCGAAGUUGACCAAGGAUAUUUAGACACAUCAUAUCACUCCUUCUAUCACGCAGUAGAUGUUGUAGCUGUAUUAUAUUACAUGUUGACGGAAUUGGGAGCCGGAAAGUUUCUCACCUCCUUAGAUUGUAUUGCAUUGUUAAUAGCUGGGUUAUGCCACGAUAUUGGUCAUCCUGGUUUAAAUAACGUAUAUCAAGUAAACGCUAAAACCGAAUUAGCAAUUCGAUACAAAGAUCAAUCAGUCUUGGAAAAUCAUUCAUGUACACUUACGAUGAAUAUCCUUACAAAACACAAACUACUACGGAAUGUACAUACAUGUCAGACAGAGUAUUUUGAUAUGUCACCAGAGCAAGUCGAUGAAUCUUUAAGAAGCCUAAUAACGAAAACAAUCCUGGCGACUGACAUGAUUUUUCACUACGAUCUCAUGGAAAAUCUCAACACAAUGAUUGAACAAACAUGGUCACCAUCAUGUUCCCCAGAAAACUCGGGAGACGAAAGCGAAAGUUAUCCAAAUUCGCCAAUGUCCUCGGCUGCUUCAUCACCUGCAACCUCACCAAUAUCAAUAUCACAUCCGGGUCAAAGUAGUAACACGCUAUACGAUUCAGAUAAUAAUAGCACGAGAAGUUCGAUAAUAGUUACUCUCGAUGCUGAACAACGUGAACUUUGGUGUAAAGUAUUAUUACACGCGGCAGAUCUGAGCAACACCGUCCGACCUUGGGAAAUAUCAAAACGAUGGUCAGAUAUGGUAGUUGAAGAGUUCUUUUUGCAAGGAGAUCUUGAAAAGAAGAACAAUUUGCCAGUUUCACCAAAUAUGGAUCGUAAACAAGCACACCAAUCUCAAAUUAGUUUGGGAUUUGGUGAUUUUGUAGUAAAACCCUUUUUCGAAGCGUUUGCUGCGUUCUUGCAACCAGCAACUAUUUUCUUGAAUAUUCUCAAAGAUAAUCGGGUCUAUUGGGAUGCAUUGUCAAAAGAACCUCAACCAGAAACAAAAACUAUUGCCGACGGAAAACUGCUAUCAACCAAAGCAGCAAAUAACGCUCGUCGUGUUAGUUUGGCUGCUGGGCUAUUAAUUAUUCCAGAUGAUAUACAAGAUAAAAUGCGUAAUUUACCGCGCCCUCAAAGAUAUCGUAAACUGAAACGAAGUCUUUCCGGCAGAUCGUUAUUAACAUCGGGUAAUAGUAAUAAUAGUCAUCUACAGAAUGAUGGUUCAGUAGAUGAUCUGGACGAUGACUCUAAAAAACCGACGCGUCGGAAAUCUGCCGGACCAAAUUCAACACUUUCUGGUGAGGUGACUGCAAUGCUACUUCAACCUCCAUCUUCGAAUUUCAAGGAUAUAAAAAAAUGUCCCCCACCUCUAUCGUCACCAGCUACAAUUCCAAUAGCUGUUCCGCCUCCCCCCUCUACCACUACCAACAACAGCAGCAAUCAAAAUUAUAAUAGUAACAGCCACAGCCACAACGAUAAUAAUUCCACUUCAAAUAAUACUUCUUACAUUCAAAGAAGAAUUGGUCGUGUGAGACGUAGUAGUUCGUUGGAUCAAAACAUGAUUCGACAAAUAACUGCAUAUUACGGAACCGGAGGUGAUAUUCCACCUAUGGAACAAAGAGCUGUAGUGGCGGGAAGUUAA